AUGGAGGGAGCAGCAGCAGCCGCAGUUGCUGCCGCUGCUGUUGCUACAGGCUCUUCAUCGCCCAAUUCCACUUCUGCCACAGUUUCAUCCCCCAAGUUUGCCACCUUUUCCACUUCUUGCCAUUCGUCGGGCAAUCCUAACGCAUCGUCAAUCGUUGCCCAAUCCUCUUCGCAAUCGUUCUAUGAGCAGCUCUCUUCUAACGAACGAUCCGAGAAGACUACUGCAAGUCCAUCACCUCCUCCGGAGCAAAUGUCACUUUCCUCGCAGACCAGCGUCUCUUCCGCGUCUUUGCAUCGUGAGUCGGUGUUUGGCUCGGAGAACAGCACUGCCUCUCAUUCUCUCUCUUCUCCGCCCCAUGCAUCUGCUGACUCCGGCACCGUCAGUGGACUUGACUCACCGGCUUGCUCUCGGCCGCCAAUCAAAAGACGAAGGCUGGUUGUCGAUGAAACUGCCUUCAUGACUAAAGAGUUCGAGAUCAAGUCCAGUCGUGAAAGUGAUCCAGGUCCAGGAAACAGCAUAGGAAAAGUUUCUGGUGCUCACGCGGAGGGGGAACUACGAGGGCCUCAAGGGUCCUCAUCCAGUCCAGAAUUGGAACGCAAGCAAACGACAACUCUCCUUCCUGUCGCUCAUAUCACCACCAUUGCCUCUACCCUUGCCAAAUCCAGUGUCAGCAACGUGAUAACUCCAAGCGGAGGCAGAGUUAAUCACAGAAAUAGCGGUUCGAAAAAUACAGACGUCAGUUCGCCAAACAUGGCCAACUCCAAACAGUCCGGUAUUGCAUGUUCAGUUCUCGCCUCGCCCUCGUCUUUAUCUUCAUCAGGAAUAUCUUUUCUAGCCACCAUCUCCACGCCUACCGCCACCACCACCGCUGCAACCAACAACAUGACCACUUCUACCAACCCGUACUCCAGUGGCCUCUCCGUUGGCAGAGGCGCCGAUGAGGACUGGGAGCCAUGCGGAGUGGCGGAGCUGCGCUGUCGCAUCUGCGGCUAUGUCGGUCAGACGGCGAGAGGCAUGCGAUUGCACAGCCGCCUUCAUGACUGCAUCUCGCUGGCAGGAUCAGGCUUGCCGGCCAGUCGAACUGGUGGAGCGUUUCGCGUUGCCAGGUUGGCUUAUUUGAGUUUUGCACACAACCUGAGGCUUUUGCACGCUUUGUCUAUGUCAGGAAGAGCUGAGUCCUUAAGAUCAUCCGGAUAG